AUUCACGAAGCCCGCCAGGUGACGUCACUUCCGGAAAUUGUGCAAUCCCGCACAGUUUUGCCGGGCUACCGCCGAUCACGUUGUUUUCCAGACGCCGCCACAAUCUGGUGCAAUUUGGCCCAAAAUAGACCACAUUUUGAACUGGUUAGAAUCUCACGGGUGAAGAACAAUGCCGAGAAAAAAGCAGAACCUCGAUAUAGUUGAAGACAGGCUGAACAACGACCAAAAAGACGAUGAUAUUUCGGAGAAGAAGAAAGGUGGGAGGGCGAAACAGAAAGGCAAGGCUAAAAUGAACGAAGAGGAUUCCGUUCCGGAUCGCGCUGAUGUAGAUUCCGGAAAGGGGAAAGGGAACAAAGGCAAGAAGGGACGAGAUAGACGGUCAAGUCCAUCAGACUCAGUUGCCACCCAGGAGUCGGAGUCGUCUGGCAAGGGUGGAAAAAAGGGGAGAGGGAAGAAGGGGCGGAACCGCAGCCCCAGCCCUGGACUGGAGGAGGACCUAAACCAGCUGAGGAUAGAACAGGGCAUGGACCAGGGGGAGGAACAGACUGGACAGCUGAGGAUAGAACAGGGGCAGGAACAGACUGGGCAGGUGAGGAUAGAACAGGGCAUGGACCAGGGGGAGGAACAGACUGGGCAGCCUACAAAAAAGAAAGAGAAGAAGAACAGAGGAAAGAAAAAAGGCAGAGGGAAGGACAAUGACAGUGAUGAUGAUGAUGAUGACAUGCCCCUGAACAAGUUCUCCUCCCUGGGUGUCAGUGAUGAAGAGGAGGAGGAUGAAGAUGAUCAACCAUCAGCAACAUCAGGUUCUGCUUUCUCUGCUCUCAUGGUAGAAGACUCACCAGAUGAGGAAGAGGAAGGGGAAGAGGAAAAAGAAGAGGAAACUGUUAAAGAAGAACCCAAGAAGAAGGAGGAAAAGAAGGAGGAUGAGUCAAAGUCUCCUGAAGAGGAGGAACCUGAGACUACAGAGACCACAGGAGGAGGUGACACAACACAGGGCACACAAAACAACCCUGAACCAACUGAACCAGAGGCAGAGAAAAAAGCAGGGAAAAAAGAGAAAAAAGAAAAGAAGAAGAAGAAAAAAGACAAGUUCUCUUGGUUGGACGAGGAAGGUGGAACAGAUUUUCUAGACAAGCCUUCUGAAGAAGAGAAAACAGAAGAAAAGAAAGACACCAAGAAGAAAGGAAAGACAGACAGUCCUCCACCUGAAGAAGAAGAAGAAGAAGAGGUAUAUGACAUGUUAGGGGAGGAGGGUCACCAGGAGCCUGAAGAAGAGAAACAGGAAGACCUACAGAAGCUGAGCAGAAAAGAUCGAAAAAAAAUGAUGAAAAAACAACAAUUUGAGAAGAAAUACGAGGAGAUGUUAGAGCGAGAGUCCGCCGACCUGGGUCAGUUCACUCUGUCACAACAGCAGACUACUGCCAAGGGAGCCAUUCUGGAGAAUGUACAAGAUAUCAAGAUUGACAACUUCUCCAUCUCAGCCAAGGGUAAGGUCCUGUUUGAGAAUGCACAGCUGCACAUCACUGCAGGGAGAAGAUAUGGGCUGGUCGGGCCCAACGGCCAUGGUAAGACCACUGUACUGAGACACAUCUCCACGCGAGCGCUGGCCAUCCCGCCAAACAUCGACGUGCUGUACUGCGAACAGGAGGUGGUCGCUGACGACACGUCCGCAGUCGACGCUGUUCUCAAGUCCGACACAAAGAGACUGGAACUGUUGGAACUGGAAAAGACAUUACUAGCCCAGAAUGAAGCAGGAAAGGAAGUUAGCGAACAAUUAAAAAAGCUAUAUGAUGACAUGAAAGCUAUAGGAGCAGACUCAGCUGAAGCUAGAGCAAGAAGGAUCCUCGCUGGUCUUGGCUUUACUAAGGAGAUGCAGGGGAGGGCCACUAGGAACUUUUCUGGAGGAUGGAGAAUGCGCGUGUCGUUGGCCAGGGCCCUGUUCCUGGAGCCAACCCUCCUGCUAUUGGACGAACCUACAAACCAUCUGGAUCUCAAUGCUGUCAUCUGGUUGGACAACUACCUACAGCGAUGGAAGAAGACCCUCUUGGUGGUUUCUCACGACCAAAGUUUCCUGGACAAUGUGUGUACUGACAUCAUCCAUCUGGAUAUGUGCAAGCUGUUUUACUAUAAAGGGAACUACACCCAAUUCAAGAAAAUGUACAAGCAGAAGGCAAAGGAACUGAUGAAAGAGUAUGAAAAACAGGAAAAGAAAAUCCGUGAGCUGAAAGCCUCAGGGAAGAGCAAAGUACAAGCUGAAAAGAAACAGAAGGAGAUCCUGACCCGUAAGCAGGCUAAGGGGAAGCGGCGCACAGAUGAGAUGGAGGACUCAGCCUCCAGUCAGACAGAACUCCUGAGGAGACCCAAGGAGUACAAAGUCAAGUUCACCUUCCCCAGUCCUCCAGAGCUCAACCCUCCCAUCCUGGGACUCCACUCGGUCACUUUUGGCUAUGAUAACCAGCCCUUGUUGUUCAAGGAUGUGGACUUUGGUAUAGACAUGCACUCCAGAGUGUCUAUAGUUGGCCCAAACGGAGUGGGAAAAAGUACCUUCCUCAAACUGCUGGCAGGGCAGAUACCACCACUGCAGGGGGAACAAAGGAAGAAUCACAGACUGAAAGUAGGGUUCUACAACCAGCACUCGGCAGACCAGCUGGAGGUUGACAUCAGUCCCACGGACUACCUCGGGACCUCUCAGGUAACUGUUAGAUAAAGUAUCAGGAAAACCCUGGGCAGGUUCGGACUGGUCAGCUAUGCCCACAUCAUCCCCAUACGGGAUCUCUCAGGUGGCCAGAAGUCCAGAGUAGUGUUUGCUGAACUUUCCUGUCGGGCACCAGAUGUCAUCAUCCUGGAUGAACCUACCAACAACCUGGACAUUGAGUCCAUCGAUGCUCUGGCUGAUGCUAUCAAUGAAUAUGAAGGAGGUGUGAUCAUUGUGAGCCACGACGAGCGACUGAUCAGAGAAACAGACUGCACCCUGUGGGUGGUGGAGGACAAAACCAUUAACCAGAUCGAGGGAGACUUUGACGACUACAGAACCGAGAUUCUAGAGACUCUAGGAGAGGAGAUCGCACAUGCUGAACAGAUGUAGAUCGCACGGAUUUCAAAAUGGCCACAGUUUAACUGACAUUUGCACCUCCAGCAACCUGAAGAUGGACAGAAACACAAUUGACUGUUUCUUCACUAAAUGUAAUGGCUUCAUUGAAAGAUACUUCCCUGAAAACAUUAGCAGCUGCUACUGUUUCCAAUUGCAGCUCAUUUAAGUUAACUUGUAUGUGGAGUCUUGCAUGGAGGUUUUAAGCAUUGGUAUCAUGGGGGCUGAUAUGUCAGUACCUUAUACCAGAAACCCCCAUGUCAACCUUUAACAGAUGCUACAAGAUUUGGUCCUUAGAACGUGUCAAAAAAACAUUUCAACUCAAUAAAAGUUCCUCUCUUGUAACAUGUUUCUUGCACCCACAGUCUUUUGUUCAUACAGAGCUUAAGUUAUAUACUGCCAUGUGUUUUCCAAUACCUUUGGUAGAAGCCUGAGUUAAGCUGAGUUGCCAUGUGGGACUAGUACUGUUGGAUUGGGAAGUCAGCCUUUCACAGCCAGUAAGAGAUGUACAUUUGUUUGCAUUCUUCCUUGAUCUUUCAGACAAACCAAAUACUAAGUAUAGAAACCUUCAUACAUCUAGUAAGCAAUAGCCUCUAUUAUUAGUAGAAGAAUCUAGUAGUUUUAGUUGUCUCCAGUAGACAGUCAACUGAAAGCAAAAUUAUUGUAUUUAUACUUUAAGAUAAAUAAGAUUUAGAUAUUUGUCUUACUCCUAGUAAAACCAUUACAGCAGCACUGCUAUAAGCUUGUUGCUUUGUAGUUAUGGAGGUGUGUAAAAAAACAUGCAAGAAAGAAUAAAGUCCAAAAAUAAAGCUUUAUUGACAAGGAA